UCCGCCAUGUUCGCACAAACUUCAUCGAUGCUAAUUUGAUGCGCGUUCGCGGGGCGCAGGCACGGGACCAAGCCCCUUCCCUAAACUCAGGAAGUAGUGCUGCGGACUGUUUACCAUCGAUCUUAAACCGCGUUAUGCGUUGCAUUUUCAUCUUUUCGACUCGCACAAACAGUGUUUUAUUUUACGCAUGUUUUAACACACAUUGAUAUAAGUGAACUAUUAACGUUUUCACGUAGAAAUAUGUCAAUGAAUGGAUAAAUGUGUAGAUGUGUAAUUAUCAGGGUUGACCAGGAUAUUAAACAACCUGUUAGUAAAACCUGAAGUUUUAUGGACGCAUAAAACUUAAUUCGUCUGAAUUAUUUAACUGAGAGAAAACACUAUUUAAUAACUUUAUAAAACACAAGACUUAUAUCUGUUCUGAUGGUAACCUGUCGUCACCUGCUGGUUCAGUGUGGUAACUGCAUAGCUCACCGAAAGGGAGGCUCUGAUUGGUUGACUUCCCGUGAGAUAUGCUGCCUUUAAAUGCAGUUGGAAAUAUGGCACCCUACUUCAACGCGUUGACAACAUUGUAAAUAUAGCCAGGAAACCCUUCGUGCCUCAACCUUUUUUAUGAUUAUUUGGGGGAUUUAAGAAGUGUCUAUAAACGAGCAGUCCUCAACACUUGUUGGUAAAGUGUUUAUCUUUCUUUUUGUUUUUACUUUUCUUAUGAUGUCUUAUAUUAUUGAUUAUCCUAAAUGUAAAUACUUAUCUUUGAGGAUUUUUCUCAGUCUUAUUUAACUGAAACGCUCAUUUGAAUGAUGGCAGAUGAGAACGUAACAGCACAAUUGCAAUUACCCAGCCUCCGAGCGGCCGAUUGUGCGUAGCACUUGAAGGCAGCACCAAUGACUAUUAUUGAAUUUUCCUUCCAACAUCCCCACACGACACAGGACUCAAGGCGACGGUGUCAUUCCGUGUGUGUGUGUGUGUCUGAAGGGGACUCAUCAUUAGACAUGACCAUUAGAAACACUCUCCGCGAUCAUGGACAGAGGUAUCGACCACGCAUGGCUUGUCUCAAGAAGGCAGAGAAGGUGCUGCUGGAGAUGCAGGACCCGAAAACAGGAGUCAGGUCGCAGCCUCAGAGACUGGUUAUAACGACAAUACCACACGCUAUUACUGGUGAAGACAUCAUUGCGUGGUUAGAGGACAGAUUCCAACUGGACGCGCAAGAGGCGAGGAGCUUCGGCUGCAUGCUGGUGGCGUUGGGAUACAUCUACCCUCUGCAAGACCACAAGCGCCUGGUGAUCAGACCGGACGCUUCCCUCUAUCGCUGCCAGACACCGUACUUCUGGCCCACGCAGCAGUGGCCUGUCGAGGACACUGAUUACGCAAUCUACCUGGCGAAGAGAAACAUACGCAAGAAAGGAAUCCUCGAGCUGCACGAGCAGGAGCAUUACAACCGUCUUCACAAGUGGAUGAAUCACAAAUGGGAUUUCAUAGUGAUGCAAGCUAAAGAGCAGUACAGGGCCGCGAAAGAAAGGAAGAAGCCGGACCGCGUGGUGUUUGACUGCCAGGAGAGAGCCUACUGGGUGGUUCACAGACCCCCGCCAGGGACGGUGAGCGCCAUGGACUACGGACUGGAUCGACUGGUCGACCCGAACGCAGACGAGGGCAAAACACCCGACUUCUAUGAGAGGAUCAUGAUCUUUACCCAGCAGGCCAUCAUGAGGCCCAGAGUGAAGUCAUCGGUGUCCAUUAGCGCGUUGGUGAAGUACUGCGCCACCUACAAAAGCCACGACCCUUUCCUCGCCAAGUGUCUCCCCAGCAACCCCUGGGUCACCGAUGACGUCACGUACUGGACCUUGAACAUGCCCAAUGUUGAAAUACCGACUAAAAUGCGCGUGGAGAGGUGGACUUUCAGCUUCAAAGAGCUGCUCUCUGACCCUCGAGGACGAGAUGAUUUCAGACUCUUCCUGAAGAAGGAAUUCAGCGGUGAGAACUUGGCAUUCUGGGAGGGUUGUGAAGAUCUGAAGUGGGGCCAAGCUUCGACGAUGAGAGAGAAAGCCGAGCAAAUCUACAAGACAUUUCUGGCCCGCGGUGCACCGCGGUGGAUCAACAUCGACGGAAAGACGAUGGAAGUCACCGUGAAGGGCCUGAAACACCCGCACCGAUACGUCCUGGACCCGGCCCAAACUCACAUCUACAUGCUCAUGAAGAAGGACUCGUACGGACGUUACCAGAAAUCCCCAGUGUUUAAGGACACAAUGAAGAAGGCCAUCUGUCCUGAGGAGCACCAGUUCAGUGAGACCCAGCUGGGGCACAAUGCAAAGAAGAGACGGCCCAGUCUCAGCCCCAUCAUCCUGCGGCAGAUGGAGCAGGAGCAGAGGGCCAAGAUGGCCGCCAAUGUUGACAUCACACAGCUGUGCCGCUUCACCACUCCCGUCUCCCACCUCGCCGUCUACUCCGGCCUCAGCGACUUCCCCACAGCCAGCGACUCGCCCCCUCUGCCCUUCCCGCCCCACACCCCUUCCUGUCCGUCCCCCAUCAGCGUGGCCCUGGAGAGCACCUCGGCCUCGGAGCGGCGGGUGGAGGUCGCCGGCGAAGGGGGCGGCGGCGGGGGGCCCCCGGGGGCCCAGGCCCCGGCCCCGGCCGCUGAGGGCGCCGCCGGGUCUCGCGUGGCCCUGUCGCUCCGCCGGCUGCUGGUGCGCGGCUGCGCCCCGGCCUCCGCGUUCGCCGGCUGGUCGCCCAAAUGCCGCUCGGCCGCCGGGACCAGCGGCCGCGUUCAGCCCAUCGGCCCGGACCGACCCGGUCAGGCUCCGCCCAGACGGGUUGGCAAUUUUUUCCAGAUUAAAGUGGACAUUCCUCCAGAGUGCCGAAUCUACCCCAUAGAGUCCGAGGACGAGGACGAGGACGAGGACAGCAGGGCUGCCACUCGUCGAGGAGAGGGCGCCAAAGAGAUCAUCUGUCCCUGGGAGAGUCUCUCUCCACACAACGGGGCGGGCUAGUCGCCCCGCAUUUGCACAGGUGUUCAGAUAUAUAUAUAUAUAUAUACAUAUACAUACACAUAUGUACACAGUUCCAGCAGGCGGAUUUCCCCCAUGUUUCUGACGGAGCGAAAGGGUAUGGCUUACAUUACACUGACAGUUUAGACUGAGCAUUGGCCUCCUGUCUCCAGGUCCUGUGUUCAGAGCGUCAAACAUGUCGGCCUGCGAGUCCCCCGACCACGUGUCCGUGUCAGCUCUGCUCCCUCCUGCACGCUCGCUACUUCAGAACAACCCGUUUCUUUCAAAAAUAACGGCGAGAUCCAGUGUUUUCACAGCUGGGCAACAAUUGAGUCCUAAACCGCCCCCCAAUGAGUUUUUGUUUGUGAUGAUAUUUUCUUCACAUUGUGUUCGUUUUGAGCUGCAACAUAAUCAGUCACAAAAAGAACCCCCCCCCCCCCCCGGGAGCCAUGAUGUAAAGCAGCCGUGUUUGCACACAACUUUUCAACUACAGUAUAUCUUUUUUUUUUGCUGCACAUUUACACCAAACACGCUCACGAGCUCACGAGCCACCGCGUGCCAGUCAUGUGACUGAUAGUCGUGACCACAUGUGUUAACCCUCCUCACUGCAGCCUUAUUGACGUAAGCCCCUCGCUGAUGUGAGCGCCAGCUGAGCCAGAUGUUUAGCCUGGGAUGUUUACUUGUGCGAGGACAAGGGGACGACAGAGUCUACACCCACACACACACACACACACACACACACGAGCAAGAGCUUGUGAGCCUUCCUCAUUCUGUGUCCCAGUAGCCCGAUAGCAGCCUUACGCACCUUCACACUACUAAAAUAUUUGGAGUUUUUUUUCAAUUAUUUUUGUAAUUGCCAAAUAAAAAAAAAUGUUAAUGUUUACGUCCUAGACACACACGUGUGUUUGGACUGUGCACAAAUGCCUGCCAAAAGUGUAAGUGUCUCUUGAAGAGUUGUUGUGCUGCUGAAUAGACGUAGACGCCUGAUGGGUCGGAUGCUUUCCUCCCCCACAGAACCACAGGGGAGAAAAUGGCCGAUAGAUGCAAAGUGAGAGCACAUGAACAGCUUGUCUGCAUGACGCUUUUUUUUUUUUUUUUUUUGGCAGAUUUGCUCCCGACAGACUUAAAGAAUGGAGAGUUGUUAAAGUGACGGAGGGUCGGGUGUUAUUUUCUGUUUACCUGCACUGCUGUUUUGUAGCUGUCCGUGCACGGCGUGCUACUCUGAUCGAGGGGUCGACAUUCAUCCCUCGCGCUAGAAUGUGAAAUAACUGUCGGAAUGUAUUCUCUUGACCAUGUUUACAGAUGCAAGAAUGUGAAAAAUACUUUUAAAUCCGUUGUUAUUGAUUUGUAUAUUCCAUGGCUUUUGUCAAGUGACUAAAAUAAAUGACUGUCUUAAGA